UCCUGGGAUUCAAAAAAUAUAUAUACACGAGACUCUUUGGCAGGAUUGAGAAUUACACAAGGCAACAGUGAAACGAGGAGCCGAGUCGUUUACUUUGUUUAUCUCUCACUUAACUUUACCCGCCCUUUUUAUCAAUAUCAUUUAUGCCACUGUAGUUUGUGGAUCUAGCAGAGCAAUGAUACGCAUCCAGCACGCCACGCCCUCGCCCCACAGGAAAAGGUCCAGCACAUGCCGCCAUUUCAGAAGCUCAUUGUACUACCAAGCAUAAAGAGAAAGGGGAAAUAAAAACAAAAGACAAAGUAUGCCGAGAUCUCCUAGCAUUGCUUCAUGAUGGACAAAGGACAGGGAGAGAUGCCUCAGGGCUGCCUUUUGGUGCCGACCAAAGCAUUUUUUGUCUGUCAAGGGUGGUGCUGCAAGUGCAAAGCAAGGGAUCCAGACACCGGAAAAAGGAGCCUCCCUAGUGCACCGCACUGCAGCUUCCUUCCUUGCUUUGGUCUCCGCUUCUUUACUUGUUCGAUCCAGUUCCAUGUGGUUGCCAUUUCUCCACUGCAUGCAUCUGCGCCAGUGACGCUAGGAGAUUUUGGUUCUUGCUGUUCGCCAUCGACGUCGACGCAGGAAUGUGUUUAAUGGACAAAUUUAAGCAGAUGACUAAGGAUCUCAGUACAAACGAUCUCGUUCUGCACGCCAAGAGGAUACUGCAUUCCUCUUUCGCAGUCGCUUAUCAAUCUUCUUGUGAUUAUCCUAUGGUACUCGGCGCUGGGAUUUUGUUGCUGCUACUACAUAGGAUUUGUCCUCCUCUACUUGCUUUCCUAGUGUCUUCCUCUCCUCUCCUGCUGUUAACCGGACUUCUUCUCGGAGCCCUUUUGAGUUAUGGUGAACCAGAUACCCCCUCAGUGACUGCAGAAGGAGACUCUGACAAUCAACAAACUCAGUCCCCGGAGUCCAAAAAUUCCAUUGCUGACUGCUCGACCGAGGAGGUUGAGAGUGUUACUAUCGAGAAUAGCUUGGAGAAGAGAACUGGCAGUGCAGGAGUAUAUGUCGAGGAGAGAGCCCCGGCCAAUAGCACGCAUGACAAUCACUGUGAAGAAACAAAUGUCACGAUUGUGGCGGCUGAUACUGUGCUUAGCACGGAGUCUUCUAAAUAUGCCCAGAGCAAUUUCAUUGUGGGAAGAGAAGGAUAUGGUGAGCAAAUCAGCGAGAAGUCUGAUCUGCGAGAAUUUGUGAGCAGCAAUAAUGAAAGAGGUGACUAUGAAGUACACAGUCAUUAUCAGUUUGGUGAACCCACGAGUCCCUGCUGGCAGUCUGCUGACAGGCAGGAUCCUUGUUAUGGUUCUGAAUCUGAUCUUACUGAUGAUAGUUCUUCUCCUGAUGCAUCCAUGACUGACAUAAUCCCAAUGCUUGAAGAGUUGCACCCACUGAUAGACUUGGGGACUGGUCACCCCACCUUGGCCUCCAGGUCCAGGGACAACUUGAAUUCUUCAUCAGAUGACGAUGAGAGUGACCUUGAGGAGGAUGACGACGACAGUAUCUCGGACGAUGAAGAUGAAGGAGAGGAAGCGGAGAAAGAUGAUGGAAGUGAUCAGGAGGAUGUCAUAGGAAAGAAUGGUAGGGCCGAUGGUCUGAUGGAGCUGCAGAGAGCAAAGAAUAUCCUGAAGUUUGAACUCGACCAGAGGCUAAUGGACUUGCAAACCGCUGAUGCAACACAGAAAUUGAAGGAGGCAUCCCGUUUCUUUGUCCAGGUUCCUUCCAUUUCCACACCAAGAGGCGAACCAUAUGAUCCUUCAAAUGCCUCAGGAGAAGGGGAAGUGAUAGAGUUGCCCCAGAUACCUGAUUCAGCACCAUCCGUCCUCCUGCCGAGGGGAAACCUAUUUGAUCUUCCUUCUGACCAUAUUGUGGACCAUAACAGUCAAUUGCAAGAAACAUGGACUCCUCGCUCGUACUCUCCAGCAACACAGCUUAGAAAGCAUGGAAACUUCCAUGGACGGCACUCCGUUAAUCCACAUCGCAGUGGCCUCAAAUCGGAGAAAGGUGAAACCAGUGGAGAAGAUGCCCUUGGUAGUCACUCGGACAGUGAUGCUGCUAAGCAAGGGAAUGAUGGGAGGUUGUCUUGUUCACAGGAAGCACAUUUAGGUGAAGAGAUCAAAAUACUAAGCCCAGUAAUUUCAGAUGCUGGUGUGUUGAAAGGAGAUUAUGGGAUGCAUGAAGGCAAUAACAAUGCUGAUUCCAGUGAUGAUAUAAAUUCAUUUCCUACCAUGAAAAAUGAAUCCAGCACUUCAGAAGCGGAGGUUUCAGUACAUCCAGGCGGUGAGCAAACAGUGCUAUGCUGUCUAUCCAAAGUAAAUAAUUCCGAGCAACAUGUCGUCGGAGCGAAUUCCAUCAAUGAAGUUAACUCGUUAUUCAGGAGCCGCAUGGAGGAAGUGCUAGUGCAGUCCGUUUCAGAGCCCGUUAUGGGGCAACCUUUGACAGUUACACUUGAAGAUUAUUUGAGUGACCCGGCGUUAUGUCCAAACCCUGGGAUGCAUGCCAUUGAAGCGAGUUCAGUUGAAGAACUAAAUUCAAAAUUUGUACAAAUCAAUCACGAAGCACUGACAUGUGACGCUUGUGAUGUUGAACCAGUUCAAGAUAAGUCAAGUGAAGAAGCAUUUCCUGCUGCAGAUGAGCAUACUUCAGAAGUCCCAGUUGGAAAUGGGUCCAGAGAGCUGUCAACUGCAGAAGAAAACCAGCAGCUUGCAGGUACUUCUAGGCUCCAUGUUAUUGAGGUGAGCUCAGCUGAAGAGAUGAAAAGGCUAUUCAAUACACUCGAAGAUGUGCAGGAUCAAAUGCAUCAUAGCUCAGAGCACAAGCUUGCUCAAGGUACAGGAGGGAGUGCUUCUGGCACGCUAGGUCUUGAAACAGAGCCCGUCGAAGAUGCCGGCUCUGCUUUCGAGCAGUUAAGCUCUGGCCAUAACAAGGUGAAGAUGUCCCAAGAUGUUGAGGUGGAGCUGAAGCCAUUCGAGCUCAACUCUGAACUGGAGGUUACCGAGGCCCAAACUCUGGAUGAUGAUUCUGGUUAUGACACAUUUGGCAGUGGUUCUAAAGUAACUGAGCCCAAAGAUUCAGCCGGAACUCCUAAAUCUGUUGCUGUUGAAGGGCGGCAUGGAUGAUGUUUGAAAUUGCAGGUUGCAACACAUGAUCCAGGCAUUGAGCUACUCCUGGAGCUCUGGAAAGUUUCAAAUAGCUUUGAUGUGAGAAACUGAAGCUAAGUUCCAUUAAACAAGGGCUCAAAAGCACUACGCGCUCAUUUUUUUUAAUUUUUUUGGAGAAAACUGGAUUUGAAUUAUGAAUGGCUAUGUUCUCAAACGUUUGCCUUUCUUUAUUUUUAGUGAAAUAGGCUAAUAGUAGAGUUGAACUAUAUCCCUCUGUACUUCAAAGAAAAAUGUGUCAGGAGCUCUGCCGAUUAGCCCUGGCAGUAUCAA